AUGACUUCGGAAGUAGCCAGGCUUCGAAAUGAUGAAGAACUACGACAAGUCGCCACUAAGAUGGCUCAAAAACUCUUAUUUCACACCAAGAAACUAUCAUCUUUAUUGAGUUAUGUGAUCUCAUUAUUGGAAGUGUUCAAGAAAGAAAUACAAAGGAAUUCCAAACUAGGGUACUGUGACUAUGAACUAGCGUUUGUAUGUUAUCAAGCCGCUGGUGUAUUGUGUAAGGAGUGUGAAAAACAGGAUAAAAACAGUGAUUUGGUGAAAGCAACCAGGGAUACUUACAACCUCAAGAAUAACGAUUAUGCUACUAUUUCAGCAGUUUUAGAAGUAUCGGACAAUCAUCCACAGAAAAAUGUUGGUAAUGGAUUAGAUCUAGAAGCGGAUUUGUUAGCCCGUUUUCAAAACUUAAAAUCACUGUCUUCAGAUAGUUUUGCGACUAAAGCGAGUGAUGAGUCUCGACUUAUCUCUGGGGAUAUACCACUAAUAGAUUACGCCAAAUUCAAGGGAUGUGUAACGGCGUCUGAGUUACAUGACUUGAUAAGAUCAUUCAAGAUACUUUUGAUCGAUUUCCGUGCUUCUAAAGACCACAAUCAUAAUCAUAUUAAUUACCCCGAGAUUGUGAACAUUGAGCCUUCGCAAGUUAACAAUUUGAUUGCACAGGUUCCCAACUGCUCCGAUGUCGACUUGGAGCAAAAGUUGUCGCAUAUAAUCCCCGACGCUCAUCUUGCACGCCUCAAAAAAAGAACAUCUUAUGACUUGGUUGUGAUAUACAAUUUCAACUUUGGUCCGACAGGUGCUAAUCCCAAUAGGUUCGAUGCAUUGUGCGAGAGAGUGAUAGCUGGCUCUCGCGAUAGAAUUUCUUCCACACCUUUCGAUGAACUAAUUGAUAUACUAAUGUUCCGCAACAAGUUUCCAGGACACACAUUAUCCCGCUACCCUUGCUAUCUUGCGGGCGGCGUGAGUAAUUGGUUUGAGGUUUUUGGUAAGGAUUCUAUCACUAGAACGAUCAAAGAUCCAGUACUUCAAAGACCACCAGCAAGUUUUUCCCGUGAAGGGAGCACAAAUUCUAUACCAGCAAGAAAGCCAAGUUUGAAACCAGUCGACGAAGGACAACAUACGUCACCAUAUCUCAAAAACUUUGGUGAUUACUUAUCCACAGUUAAAAGUGGAAGCCUGCGACCCGUUGAGCCUUCUUUUAGCCUGAUCACUACUACGCAAUCUGUCCCUUCAAAGGCUUCCUCAAGUUCAAGUGUAUCAAUCCCCGUCAAUCCCAGACCCACCCAGACUGUACUGGCUCCAAAAGCCCCAUCGAGGAAGCCAUCCCUGAGCAAUAAUGUGGGUGCAUCAUACCAGCCGAAAUCAAGUCCACUGUCUUCCUCUAGCAGUUCGCUGAUGACACAGGAUACUACAACAUUUUUGGAGCAGUAUACUACGGGAUUGACCAAUCUUGGAAAUUCUUGCUAUAUGAAUUGCAUAUUACAAUGCCUAGGUGCAACUCCUCAAUUAACUGGAUUUUUCUUUCCUAGUUUGAGUACCAGUGCUAGUCUUGAGAAUUCAUCUGUGCAAUCUUACAGACAGCAUAUCAAUGUGAACAAUCGACUCGGCACCAAAGGAAUAUUGACAACCAACUUUGUUACACUAUUAAAAAAUAUGUUUGCAAGUACUGGUGCCUACUUUACACCUCUGGAGUUCAAGAGAGUAAUGGGCUCUUUAUCCCCAUCCAAGCAGUUUGCCACGUACGACCAGCAAGAUUGCAUUGAGUUUUUGGAAUUUUUGUUGGACAGGCUUCAUGAAGAUUUAAAUCAAAUGGUGAUUUCCGAUCCCGAAGAAAAACGGGCUAUCAGUGAACUUACUCCAGAGCAGGAGAAGACGCGAGAAAUAUUACCGGUUCGUUUGGCCUCAACAAUUGAGUGGGAGAGGUACUUGAAGCUAAAUUUUUCAAUCAUUGUGGAUUUCUUUCAAGGUCAAUACUCUUCGCAAUUGAGGUGCUUAAUUUGCGGCGCCACAUCAACGACAUACAACGCCUUUCUGAUUCUUUCACUACCUAUACCAACUCGCCUUGGGAGUUCUCCACCCGUACUACUGCUAGAUGAUUGCUUGGAUGCAUUUGUGACCACAGAGCUUUUGGACGAUGACAAUAAGUGGUUCUGUCCGCAAUGCAAGAAACGCACAAAACUGACAAAGAAAUUGACCAUUACCAGAUUACCCCAGGUUUUGAUUGUUCACUUCAAAAGGUUCAAGAUCUCUCCAACAGGACAGUUUAGUAAGUUGGACACCUUCAUAAAAUAUCCUGUGAAUCAAGUUCUAGAUUUGACAUCCUAUUGGCCGCCAGUCGGCACAUCCGUGAAUGAAUCGAUGGCAAGUUCUGAGGUCAUGCUGGUCGAAAGGGAACAGCAGGUACUUAGCACACUUCCCACGCGAAACCAGGUACCUCCCUUCAGAUACAAGUUGUUUGGAGUUGCAAAUCAUUUUGGUAACCUUACCACCGGACAUUAUACAUCUUAUGUUCGCAAGAAGAGCGAUGCAAAGAAGACUCGUGAGUGGUGCUACUUUGAUGAUUCGAAAGUUACCUAUAACUGUAAGGAGUCCCAGGUUUUAAACAAGAAUGCGUACUGCCUUUUCUAUCAAAGAAUAUAG